AUGUAUUGUGGAACACUAAGGGAGUCAGACCUCCAUGUACACUUAAAGGGGAAGGAAAGGGAGCCAGACCUCCAUGUACACUUAAAGGUGAUGGAAAGGGAGCCAGACCUCCAUGUACACUUAAAGGGGAUGGAAAGAGAGCCAGACCUCCAUGUACACUUAAAGGGGAUGGAAAGAGAGCCAGACCUCCAUGUACACUUAAAGGGGAAGGAAAGGGAGCCAGACCUCCAUGUACACUUAAAGGUGAUGGAAAGGGAGCCAGACCUCCAUGUACACUUAAAGGGGAUGGAAAGAGAGCCAGACCUCCAUGUACACUUAAAGGGGAUGGAAAGAGAGCCAGACCUCCAUGUACACUUAAAGGGGAUGGAAAGGGAGCCAGACCUCCAUGUACACUUAAAGGGGAUGGAAAGAGAGCCAGACCUCCAUGUACACUUAAAGGGGAUGGAAAGAGAGCCAGACCUCCAUGUACACUUAAAGGGGAUGGAAAGAGAGCCAGACCUCCAUGUACACUUAAAGGGGAUGGAAAGGGAGCCAGACUUCCAUGUACACUUAAAGGGGAUGGAAAGAGAGCCAGACCUCCAUGUACACUUAAAGGGGAUGGAAAGACAGCCAGACCUCCAUGUACACUUAAAGGGGAUGGAAAGGGAGCCAGACCUCCAUGUACACUUAAAGGGGAUGGAAAUAGAGCCAGACCUCCAUGUACACUUAAAGGGGACGGAAAGGGAGCCAGACCUCCAUGUACACUUAAAGGGGACGGAAAGGGAGCCAGACCUCCGUGUACACUUAAAGGGGACGGAAAGGGAGCCAGACCUCCAUGUACACUUAAAGGGGACGGAAAGGGAGCCAGACCUCCAUGUACACUUAAAGGGGACGGAAAGGGAGCCAGACCUCCAUGUACACUUAAAGGGGACGGAAAGGGAGCCAGACCUCCAUGUACACUUAAAGGGGAUGGAAAGGGAGCCAGACCUCCAUGUACACUUAAAGGGGAUGGAAAGGGAGCCAGACCUCCAUGUACACUUAAAGGAGAUGGAAAUAGCCCCAAACAAACUGCAGCGGGAGUUUGGAAUCUCAGAUGCACUUCCGCUUUUCAAAAUGGACUUUUCCGUUUCACUAAAAAGACUGGGGGACUGAAGUGUAUGAGAGUAAUGUUGUGGCUUUGUGAUAGAACACUCCUCUCCCCGGUCAUGACCGACCAUUUACAGAGAGCUGGCCGAGAACAUCCGAAUGAACGCAGAAAUAAACUACAUUUCAGAGAAAAGUGAGCUAAAUACAACUUUUAUAUUUGACUUUAUUCCAUGUUAUUUCUUACUUUACUUUUCAAAGAGGCAGCAGAAGUUAUUCAUAUGUGAAAUGAAAUUAUAUUGUAGACCCUUGAAAUAUUAGAGCGACGAGGGUACCAGUCUCUGCAGCCAAACAGAGAAUCAGCCGUUUGCUAUUGUUGUUGUUGUUUUCCUGCUUGUAUCACAAUGCAUUCUGGUACUUGUAGUCCUGUAAUGUUUUUUUUUAAAUGUGAAGAACAUGGUGUGGUUAUCAGAUCAAUUUAUUUUUAGUUGGUUUUAAUGUGGAUAAAACAUGUUUGGAUUUCAUAUGAAAUGUUCUUGUUUUGGCAAAGGAAAGCUAUGGGGAAAAAUGGGAAAAACACAAAUAAAGCUUUUUGUCUAUAGCGGA